CAUCCUCCAUCAUAUUCCCCAAUCCGAGAUGGGUUAAGACCCUCGCCACCAACCCCUCCCUCCCCGUCUCCGCCCUCCCCACCGCACCGCACCAAGCCCACUCCUCGCCGCCGCCCGCCCGCCCGAUCGCCGCCGCGCGCAGCCGACUGGCUCCGCCGCACUCCUCGCGCUGCCCGGUCGCCGGAUUCCGCCGUCCUCCCUCCCCUCGCGCGCCGCGCGAGCUGCCUUGCACAUCCUCUCCCCGCCGCCAGCUCCGUCAGGUCACCCGGCGUCACCUCCCCCUUCCCUGCCGCUGCUCCUCACGCCGUCGGCGCACAGUUCGUCGGGGUUGCGCCAGGGAAGUACCGGCUGUCUGCCUGUCGAUCUACUCUCCGUGGCGCCGCUCGAGGGCUGCGCUGUUGCAGGACAACUAUCAUUGAUUAUAUUAACCGAGAGACUAGUUUGAAGCUUUGGAUUCUCUGUUGAAGCAUCCACACAAAUCCUUUGUUAGAACAUAGAUAGCAGGAGGGCAUUGAAAUGUGGCAGCUUGCCUCCAUCCUUUGUUACUUCUGAAUACUGAAGAGCUUAGCUUAUCAUAUUCCUCAAAAUUCAAGGUCAUACUGCUACGCAAUCUGGAAUGGAACAAACAACGGGGGUAAGUGGUCAUGAACAUGUAAUUGAUAUUCCAAGGGAUAGCGGUCCUUCGGCCUCGGCAUCGCACAGUGUUGGUAGAGAGAACCAUGAAGGGUUGAAUCCUGUGGAUAGGCCUUCAACAAGAGCUGCAACGUCUGCCUUGCAGCCACCAGCAGCAAUAGGUCCUCCUCAUGCAGAAAAUACUUCAGGCACUAGGAGACGUGAUAACUAUGGUCGGCGACAUAGGAGCCCUUUGAACUCUGGACUAUGGAUUUCGGUUGAAGUUAUCGUUAAUGUUAGCCAAAUUGUUGCUGCCAUUGUUGUGCUAUCCCUGUCAAGGAAGGAACAUCCACAAGCUCCAUUGUUUGAGUGGGUCAUAGGUUACACGGUCGGUUGUUUUGCCACUUUGCCACAUCUUUACUGGCGCUAUAUACACCGUAAUAUUGUGAACGGUGAGAAUGAGCCAGCACACUCACUUCAGGGCUCCUCGCAGAACAACUCGACUGAGCCCACUCCUGCAAGUGUAUCAGAACGGCGAAGGAAUGCUGCACGAAAUGCAGUUCUGGCUAACCCAAGGAUUAAUGCACUUUUUGACCACUUCAAGAUGGCCUUGGAUUGUUUCUUUGCCGUGUGGUUUGUUGUAGGAAAUGUGUGGAUAUUCGGUGGGCGUUCUUCGGCUAUUGAUGCUCCAAACUUGUACAGGUUAUGCAUCGUGUUCCUCACCUUCAGCUGUAUUGGGUAUGCCAUGCCUUUCAUCCUCUGCGCAAUGAUAUGCUGUUGUCUCCCCUGCAUUAUAUCCGUCAUGGGCUUCAGAGAAGACACAAACAAUACAAGAGGGGCCACUUCGGAAUCCAUCAAUACUUUGCCAACUUAUAAAUUCAAAACCAAGAAACGCCGCCAUGGUUCAGGUAACGAAGCCGAAGGCCAAGAGGGAGGUAUAGUGGCUGCAGGGACUGACAAGGAGCGGUCGCUUUCUGCUGAAGAUGCUGUUUGCUGCAUCUGCCUUGCCAAGUAUGCACACAACGAAGAGCUUCGUGAACUUCCCUGCACACACUGCUUCCACAAGGAAUGCGUCGACAAAUGGCUAAAGAUAAAUGCCCUCUGCCCUCUGUGCAAAGCCGAGAUAGCAAGCUCAUCUGGCGCAUCUGAUACUCGCCACAUGGACCAUUCAGUACCGACAAUACCGACGCAGGAGAUUGAAAUGCAUUAGAUUGGUCUGCCUUCCAUCUUCCGAGGUGAUACAUAAGCAUAUAGGUGCUCGCGGUGCCGGUCUGCAUGUAUAAAGUUGAUGCUUUUGAUCUAUGGAUUGUAGCGAUGAUGUCCCAAGGUUUUUUUUGUCCUUUUUUUUAAUCUUGGAGAAGUUACAGCUUUUCUCGCUGUCAACACUCUUGACAAUGCAAAUGCAGUAUUGUUUCUAUUUGGCGUUCGGCUGAACUUGGGGAAAUGCUGGCCCAGGCCCAGGUAUAUAUAUGUUGCCUUUCCACUGUGGUA